AUGUUGGCUGUGGUGGUGACCGGGGUGGUGGGCGUGCUGGCAGCUUUGCUGCUCGUGGUACGCACCAUUGCCAUUGUACGCUGCUUUCGGGUGCAUCCCCCGCAUGCUCUGGUCCGCUCGGGCUCAGAGUCUGCCUCAGCAGAGCGACCCCAGCAGCAACGGCAAAAAAAUGAGUUUGGGAAGCCACAGUCCAACUCCACACUGGUCACGGGGCAAGUGGCUGGCUCAGGCGUCUCCAUUCUGAAGCCGCUCAAGGGCGCUGACCUGCACUUGCGCUCCAACCUUGAGACCUUUGUGCGUCAAGCCGUUCAACAAGCCAAUGUGGAGGUCCUGUUUUGCCUCGAGACAGCCGAUGACCCUGCGGCCCAGGUUGUGGAGGACCUGCUCAAUGAAUACCCCACGGCGCGCGCCCGCUGCUUCACUCUGCCCCGUCGGCGCGGCGUCAACCCCAAGAUCAAUAAUCUUUAUGAAGCCUUUGAGAGUGCCACUUAUGACACCAUUUGGAUUAGCGAUGCCAACCUCCGCACUUCUGACGCCCACUUUACACUGACUUUGACCGAGUUUGCCAGCGUGGGCCAGCAUGGCGUGCUCCACCAACCACCUCUCACCGUGUAUCGCAAUGGGUUUGCCGCUGCCAUUGAGGAGGCCUACUUUAGCACACAGCACUGUUACCUGUACGCCUUUGCCGAUGCCAUGCGCAUCAACGGCUUCAACGGCAUGUCCAUCCUCUUAAGCCGGCAGCUCUUCAAGACACGCUGUGGCGAUCUGACAGCGUUCUCCGACUUUCUUGCUGAAGACUUUUUCAUGAGCCAGGCCCUCUAUGCUGCUGGUUGCCGACAUCGAAUGAGCAAUGCACCCGCCAUGCAAAAUGCAGCUCCUCGUCAGCCCUACCAGCUCUUCCUUCGCCUCGUUCGGUGGCAGCGGCUGCGUCAAGGUUCCAUGUGGGCUGCGUCCUACUUGGAGCUUCUGGCCGAAGCGUGGACGAGCUGCGUGCUCCUGACCCUCGUCGUCUCGCCAUGGGCAGGCCUACUCUUCUGGCUGGUUGCCCAGGCCCAGGACAUGCUACUUCAACAUCAUCUAACAAAUCUCUUUGAGCGUCCCCCAACCGCCAUCGCGCAGCAAAUCGUGGCCAACUGGACGCGAGAGGUACAUUACCUGGCCACUGCAAACAAGGCUUAUCUGAGUGAAAUGACUUUGUUUACCCUGCCCGCCGUAGCUGCUCGCUGCAACUCAGUGUACGGUUGUGCUCUCUAG